AUGGGGAUUCGGAAGAUAUCAACACGUCUCCCGAAUGGAGGUGGGGGGAGCAGAGACUGGAAUAUUCUACAGGACUGCCGCCGAGAGGACUCUAAGGAGUUAUGUUCUGAGUUUGCCACUCACAUAGCAAAUAGUGUGCAAGGAGCCCUCUUGGAGCUGUAUAGGGCCUUAGAUUCGGCUGGAAUCGUCGGAGGCUGCAGACCUUUUGACAACAGUGCAGUAGCUCUCCAGCAGGGGAUGGCAGAACCCCGACAUGGGCUGGGAGCAGGCUGGGAGAGAUUCCUAGCACAACACAGACGAGAGGUUGUGGAAGAGACAGUGAGCCAGAGGAGAGGCCUGGACGCCUAUUCCUAUACCAGAUAUCACCCCAUGGAGGAGAUCUAUCAGUGGAUGAUCCAGAUAAGUGAGAAGUACGCAGAAGUCGUGACCCAGCAUUUCUUGGGAAUGACCUAUGAGACCCGGCCCAUGUAUUAUUUGAAGAUCAGCCAACCAUCCAAUAAUCCCAAGAAGAUCAUUUGGAUGGACUGUGGAAUUCAUGCCAGGGAAUGGAUUGCCCCAGCUUUUUGCCAAUGGUUUGUGAAAGAAAUUCUACAGAACUAUAAAGAUGACUCAAGGAUAAAAAAGUUGCUUAGAAACCUGGACUUUUAUGUGCUUCCCGUUCUGAACAUAGAUGGUUAUAUCUACACUUGGACAACUGAUCGGCUUUGGAGGAAAUCCCGUUCAUCACACAAUAAUGGCACAUGUUUUGGGACAGAUCUCAAUCGAAAUUUCAAUGUAUCAUGGUGCAGCAUCGGCGCAUCUAGAAACUGCCAAGAUAUAACGUUCUGCGGGACAGGACCGGUAUCGGAACCGGAGACAAAAGCUGUCUCCAGCUUUAUAGAGAGCAAGAAGGACAACAUCGUGUGCUUCCUGACCAUGCACUCUUUUGGGCAGCUCAUUCUCACUCCUUAUGGCUACACUAAAAAUAAGUCCAGUAACCACGAGGAGCUGAUCCAAGUUGGACAGAAGGCAGCAAAUGCAUUGAAAGAAAAGCAUGGAACCAAUUAUAGAGUUGGAUCGAGUGCAGAUAUUUUAUAUGCCACAUCCGGGUCUUCAAGAGACUGGGCUCGGGACAUCGGGAUCCCCUUCUCAUACACGUUUGAGCUGCGGGACAAUGGUACAUACGGAUUUGUUCUGCCAGAAGCUCAGAUUCAGGCCACCUGCGAGGAGAGCAUGGCAGCUAUACUCUCGGUCCUGGAUGACGUCUCUGAGAAAUACUGGGGCGCGGACAGUGCUGGAAAGGCAGCAUCUUCCGCCGUGGUGCUGGGCCUGCUAUUCUCCUUCAUGUCUCUUCUCUGAGCGCAUGCUCCCCCACGCCCGGCUCAGCCCCAGUGACGAG